UGGGGGUUCCUGCGAGGCCAUAAAAGCCGGUCUGCGGGGCAUGGCUCGGCAGAUGUUCCCGGUGGCGCCGGCUCUCCUCCGCCUCUCGGCGGGGCCCGCCCUCCGCGCUUGUCCGCCGCGCCCGAGCUGAUGCGCCCCGCUGGUGCGUUUUUACGCCGGGCUGGUGCUCCCGGGCGCCGGGGCAGGCUGUGAACCGCGGGGACGGGACGGGACUGGAGCCCCCCUCUUCGGCUCCCGGCGAGCAUGGACGAGCCGCUGGCCCUCCGGGUCCGCCUGAGCUACGCGGUGGGCCACUUCCUGAACGAUUUGUGCGCCUCGAUGUGGUUCACCUACUUGCUGGUCUAUUUCCACUCCGUCUUGGGCUACAGCAGCCGCCACGCGGGGGCGCUCCUGCUGGCGGGGCAAGUGGCCGACGGCAUCUGCACGCCCCUGGUGGGCUACGAGGCCGACCAGGCCGGCGGCUGCGGACGCUACGGCCGGAGGAAAUCCUGGCACUUAGUCGGAACCAUCAGCGUCCUCCUGUCCUUCCCUUUCAUCUUCAACCCCUGCCUGGGCUGCUCGGAGAAGACCCCCGAGUGGGCUGUCCUCAUCUACUUCAUCCCCUUUGUGGUUAUUUUCCAGUUUGGCUGGGCGGCUACCCAGAUCUCCCACCUCUCGCUCAUCCCAGAACUGGUCACCAGCGAUCAUGAGAAGGUGGAACUCACGGCCUUCAGGUAUGCCUUUACCGUUGUGGCGAACAUCACGGUGUAUGGCCUGGCCUGGCUCCUCUUGCACUUCGAGGUGGGCCGCAGGGGGACCAUGAACCUCGGCCGCCAAGAUAUCCCUGUCUUUCGGAACUUGUCGCUGAUUGUUGUGGCUGUGGGUGCCAUUUCCUCGUUGCUCUUUCAUCUUGGCACCCCAGAGAAGACCCGCCCGCUCAGUUGGGUACCUGAACCCGAGGAGAGCACGCCGCUGCUGUCUGAUAGCCAGAAGAGACCCGUUCGGCCCUACCUCCUCUGGAAACACUGGCUUCUAGAACCUGCCUUCUACCAGGUGGCGAUGCUGUACAUGGCCACGCGGCUCAUUGUCAACCUCUCUCAGACCUACAUCGCCAUGUACCUCACCAACUCUUUGAUGCUCCCAAAGAAAUACAUCGCCACCAUUCCUUUGGUCAUGUACAUCAGUGGUUUUCUCUCCUCCUUCCUGAUGAAAACUGUGAACAAACGGAUCGGCAGGAACCUCACCUACUUCUUUGGUUUGCUGAUCAUCCUGGUGUUUGCUUCCUGGGUGGCUCUAACUGGACAGAUGGGUGCGCAGGUUUAUGGGGCAGCCAUAUUACUUGGGGCCGGCUCAGCCACCAUCCUCGUGACAUCUCUCUCCAUGACUGCCGACCUUAUUGGCGCCAAUACGCACAGCGGUGCAUUUGUUUACGGGGCCAUGAGCUUCACGGACAAAGUCGCCAAUGGCCUUGCAGUGAUGCUUAUCCAGAACCUCCAUCCGUGCCCAACGAUGCUGUGCUGCCCCAGCUGUUUGGCCUUCUACCACUGGGUGAUGGUAGCUGUCACUGGUGGCAUUGCCGUGGUAGCCACCCUGUUCCUCGCCUGCAUCAUGAUAUGGCCCAUACGUAUCCGAUUCCAUGAUGUUUCCAUUAUGGGACUGGCAGGCUCGAGUCCAGGACAGCCUGGGCCUCCUGAGGAAGAAGAGGACGCCCGUGUAGUCAACUGAGGUGCCAUUUCCUAGGAUGGAGGCGGAGGGGGCGGGGGAGCUACCGAGGGGAGGGACUCAUUGUGGAGGACAAGGAGCCCAGAUGAGCCUUGAAUUUUAUCCUGAAUUUUUUUCCUCCUUCCAUGGACUAUUUUUUUCCAUCACCCCCACGCCUCCCGCACGUUUUGCACAGACAUUUCUUGUCGCUCACAAGUGAGCCAGUUUUGCACACCUAACACUAGUUUACUUUGCCUUGUGCCAGAAUAAAUCUCCCAGCCCUCCUUCCUUCCUUUUCAACCUCAUGAUGGACAGGUCACUUUGUUUUGUGUUUCCCUAGUCUUUUGUUUUAUUUUGUUUCUGUAAAAAAAACAAAAAACCGAUAUAUAAAGUUUUUUUUAAAAAAUAAAGCAAUCUUAAUCUCUUGA